CUGGACCUGGCAGGGUUGGGGUCGGCGGUGCCGGCCUGGGUUUGUGUUUGGGGAAGGUUGGCAACUACUAGGAAGAUGGUGCUGGGUGGUUUCCCGGUGAGUUACUUACUUCUCUGCGGCCAGGCGGCUUUGCUGCUGGGGAAUCUACUUCUGCUGCAUUGUGUCUCUCGGAGCCACUCGCAAAAUGCUACCGCCGAGCCGGAGCUCACAUCCGCCGCCCACCCUGAGGUCUCCACCAGUGCUCCGAGCUGGGAAUAUGGCGAUCCCCACUCUCCAGUCAUCCUUUGCUCCUACCUACCUGAUGAAUUUAUAGAAUGUGAAGACCCAGUGGAUCAUGUUGGAAACAUAACUGCAUCCCAGGAACUUGGUUAUGGUUGUCUCAAGUUCGGUGGACAGGCCUACAGUGAUGUGGAACACACUUCUGUCCAGUGCCGGGCCUUAGAUGGAAUUGAGUGUGCCGGUUCUAGGACCUUCCUACGAGAAAAUAAACCUUGCAUAAAGUAUACGGGACACUACUUCAUAACCACUUUACUCUAUUCCUUCUUCCUGGGAUGUUUUGGAGUGGACCGUUUCUGUCUGGGGCACACUGGCACAGCAGUAGGGAAGCUGUUGACUCUCGGAGGACUUGGGAUUUGGUGGUUCGUUGACCUUAUUUUGCUUAUUACUGGAGGGUUGAUGCCAAGUGAUGGCAGCAACUGGUGCACUGUUUACUAAAAAGAGCUGACCUCGGGGCCCAGGAAAGCAAUGAAAGCUCUGUUUUCUGAAUUCUUCUCUGCAGUUCUGAUAUCAGACCUGACCAUUUGGAGGGAACCAGUUUGGUUAAAAAGGCUACUUUGAAUUUUCAACCCAGAUUUCACCCUUUCAGACCAGAAAAGCAAAGUGUGUUGUACCUUUCCUCAUAAUACAAAAUAUAAAGGAUAGCGACCAACUCAGAAGCUGUGGAAGGGUUUCCAUAGUCUUUAUUUGUAUGUACUUUUGUAUCUUUGGUCCUUUAAAGCACAUGGAGCUAACAGGAUGAGUAAAGUGAAUAUCUUUAUCCACAAGCCUUUUGUGACCCUGAGUCUUCAUGCAGAGGAGACCUGAAGCUGAGUCAAUGAAAACCUUGAAAACCUUCAGCAGAAGUAGACAUGACCGGGGAUUUUACCACACACUGAAAUUCUAACUUUCCAAAUUUAAAUUGCACAAUAAAUUUUUCCAACCUGGAACGGUGCUGUAUCAAGAGAUAGAGUGAAACUCCAAAUUGUGCUUGUUUUGCCAUAAGGUUGGGAUUUGAAAUGAAACACUCUAUUAAUAAACCUCUGUUGUGUCACCAUUGUUAUGCUUCAAAAGCAGUAUGUGCUGCGCUACACAAUAAUUUCUACAUUUCAAUUAUGUUUUGAAAGACAACACAGUAUCAGACAUGUGUGAACUGAGCUAUUCCUCUGGGCAGAAUUGUCCUUUCAAUAAUUUAAUAUUUAACAGUUUGUAGAACCCAUGUUGUGGGCGAUAAAGAUUUCAUACAAAUUUCUGUAAAACUAUUCCUCAUGAUUAGGUAAGAUAAAGUGAGAAGCCUCAUGCCCUUAGAAAGAAAUACACAUUCCUACUUAAAGGGUAUUGAAUACUAGGGUAGAACUUGGAUGUGAUUUAUGGGGGAAAAAACUGAACACAUUCAGAACUCAGAAUAAGCAUGGUACGAAAAACUCACCAUGGGCCAUAGCAGUCAGAAAGAGAUACAGCCAAGCUUUUCAUUCCCAUAUCACAGGGAAUAAAAGAAGCGCUCCAAAUUACAAAUAGUUUUAGAGAUUAUUUCCCAUCCUUUACAAUCUAAGUUGAAAGAACUAUUACAUGUAAAAUAAA